GACAAAAAUUUAUGUAGUAUCUGUAAACUCAUGUAGGUUUGAAAUUUGGAUGACUGACUCCACUUUUGAAAUCAUUCAUGGAUGAACCACUGAGUGUGGUGUCUGCAGAUUCUUCAGGGACCAGUGAAGACUUUGAAAUACUGGAUGGAUCUUCUCCAAAUUCUCCCCUGAUAGCAGAUGGUGAUGAGUCACGUGAUAUGUCGUGUGCUCCUAAUUCUACAGCCAGUAAUGGUGCGGUCAAGAAAAGCAUGGAUGCUUAUUCACAGAAGACCAAAAGUGCUGAAGAAGAGUUCACCAUUGCCAACAAUGGCAGUGUGGCUGAUCUUGAGAAACAAAUGACUGAGGUCAUGCAGGAUAUGAUCAGUGGCGUUACAAAAGAAAAUGAUUCUGCUAUUCUCAAGUCUUUAGAUGCAUCACCAGAAAACGUUACAACUGAAGGCACAACUCAAGAGAAAACAUCCAGCUUUGCUAGUGACCUAAAGGAGGAGGGAAAAGUUGUGCCACAGACUGUCUCUGUUGCCAGUGCCACUAAAAAUGGACUUGAGAAGCAUGGAAUUUUACAAUGUGUUCCAAAAGCAGCAGACGAACUGCACCCUCUCAGCGUGCAACCACCCCCCUGUUUGAAUGCUUCAGAAUCAGGGGCUAAAGCCAUACCUGCAACAAGCCUUAAUAGUUCAGUUAGUGACCAGCCAAAAGCAGAUCUCAGGCCUACAAGCAAUCUUGAGCCUUCCCCUUCUUCAUCAAAUAUGACUGCUUCAGCAACAACACUCACUAUUGAGAAGCCGUCUUGUGAUGAGUACACCAUCUUUAACAGGAUUUCUUACCUUGGUGCUGCUGCUAUCUCCUCUGCCUGCACUCAUGAAGAGAUCAUACAAAAAAUGUCUAUUCUGAACAGUGAACAUCAAGAGCAAGCUAUUGAGAUAUCGCUGUCUGUCCCUUCACAUUCAGAGAGCUCUGUCAUCAUAUACGAUGCAGAGAGUAAUCAGGAAAUCACUCGAUAUCACAUCUCCACUAUCCGGAAAUGCACUCAUGGCACCCUAGGCACUCCUGACGCCGCUUGCUUCAAUUUCACAACCAUCCACGGCUCUAGUCCUGCCACCAGCAUCGUGCAGUGCCAUGUCUUCCGCUGCCAGAUCCCUGAGGCAGUUGGCAAGAUUGUGGAUUGUUUUGGUGCUGCCUUCCGUCGCGUGCCAAAAGCAGUGAAUGGUGUUGCUGAGACCAAAAGCAACAAGGGACCUGACACUACAAAUGGCCAGCAUCUCAAACACCUUUUUGAUAUCUCACUAGAAAUCAAGGAGGAAGAUGCCAAGGGAAACUUUUACACCGUUCCUCGAGACAAGGAAUGCUUCAAGCUUCGUUGCAACCUGGACAAGGAGUUACACAUCAGCGUGGCACCGUCUCCCUCGUCUCUUGGCAGCGGUGAUGCCGGCGAUGCUUGUCAUGCGGCGGUGGGAGAUCAGCUCUGUAUUGAGCGCUGCUUUGGCCUCCUCAUCGCUCCUGGCCACAACGUCAAGGAUGCUGAUAUGAACCUCCUCGAAAUGAUUACAUCUGGUGGACCUGGCAGCGCUCCACACGGCGCUUCCAACGCUUCCACCAAUACCAAGAAGCCGCUCACGCAUCUCUUUGCUCUGGAACUCAAACAGGUGGAAAUCACGUCGUCCACUUCUAGUCUGGAUGAGCUGCAUUUUGAAGUGAUUCAUGUUGAGAAUCGGGGCGAGAUAUUGUCAUCCUGUCUCCUCAUCGCUCCUGGCCACAACGUCAAGAAUGCUGAUAUGAACCUCCUCGAAAUGAUUACAUCUGGUGGACCUGGCAGCGCUCCACACGGCGCUUCCAACGCUUCCACUAACGGCGGCCCUUCCUCCUUGUCGCUUGCACAAACCAAAGUCUACCAGGUUGCUGGACGCUGGGACCCCCGGGAUCCUGUCUUUGCUUCUCUCAACCAAGAAACUCCCAAGGACGGACGAGUUCUCAUGUCCGUCGCCAUUGACCUAGUUUUGACUACCAAGAAGCCGCUCACGCAUCUCUUUGCUCUGGAACUCAAACAGGUGGAAAUCACGUCGUCCACCUCUAGUCUGGAUGAGCUGCAUUUUGAAGUGAUUCAUGUUGAGAAUCGGGGCGAGGUAGAGCGGCUGCGACCGUCCCUCUCGCUGCCCCUGAACCUCCCCUACUUCGCAGCGUCCAGUUUACUGUCAGGAGGCGCCCGCUCCCCCAGCAUCUCCAGUGUUGACACGCCGGCUGGCGAUGACUCUGCAGACGAUGACGAGCCCUUGUUGAGCGGCUCAGGCGAAGUGUCCAAAGACUGCCCCCAGAGCGAGCUGGACAUGUGGAAGGAGGUGCUGCCGCGUUGGCAGGCUGCGCCCUAUCAGUUCCCUAAGGGCCUGUCCAAGCUCGUGAGGCGCGGCGUGCCUGAAGCUCUACGGGGGGAGGUGUGGCAGCUGCUGGCAGGAUGUGCGCAUGAUGACUCCAUGAUGGAAACAUACAGGAUCCUUCUCACCAAGGAUUGUCCAAGCGACCAGGUGAUCCUGCGGGACAUCAACAGGACUUUCCCGGCGCACGAGUUCUUCAAGGAGUCUGGGGGAGGAGGUCAGGACGCCCUCUACAAGAUCAGCCGCGCGUACGCCGUGUACGACGAGGAGCUUGCGUACUGCCAGGGCCUCUCUUUCCUGGCCGCCUCUCUGCUACUCCAUAUGCCAGAAGAACAAGCUUUUUGUCUGCUGGUGAAGAUCAUGUCAGACUACGGCUUCAGGGAGCUAUUCAAAGAUGGCUUCAAAGUUCUGCACUUGCGAUUCUACCAACUAGAGCGUCUCAUGGAGGAUAACGUGAAUGACGUAUACUGUCACUUCGUGAACUUGGGUGUGGAUGUGCACAUGUUCGCGUCACAAUGGCUGCUCACGCUCUUCACUGCCAAGUUCCCGCUGCUGAUGGUCUUCCGGUACCUCGACCUCUUCCUCCUCACUGGCUUCAACUCAGUUUUCCAAGUGGCCAUUGCGCUACUCAUGAUGUCCCGAAAGGAGUUGGUCUCCCAGGACUUCGAAAAUGUUCUCAAAUUUUUCCGGGUUUCAUUGCCUAAAAAGUUCCGGAAUGAAGAUGCCGUGCGCCAACUUUUCCGUAUUGCCAACUCCGUCAAAACUAAGAAGCUUGAGAAAUACGAGCGGGAAUACGUGCUUAUCCAAGAGCGCGAGAGUGGGGAGAGCGUCGCUGAGCGCCUGGAGCAGGAAAACAAGCGUCUCACCGAGGAGAGUAUGCGUCUCGACGCUGAGAACGAUCUUCUAGCCCGCCGUAUUGACCAUCUCGAGGAGAUCUGUGACCGUGCCGGCAAGGAGACAGCAGCGCUACGCCAGACGCUCACCGAAGCAGAGCAAGAGAAGAAUCGCCUCAUGCAGGAGGCUUCACAGGUGAAGGAGAUGCUGAAGCGGGAGGUGGAGCGAAGUGACAAAGAGCAGCAGCGCAGCGCUGCCAUAGUCACAGAAUAUAAGAACAUUUGCUCGCAGCUGUCACAGCGGCUUGACAAUGAACGCUGCCAGCACCUUCUUGCUAUUGAGAACAUCAAGAGCCUCAUAAGAGACUGCAAGGCAAGCGACUGCAAGUGUCGCAGUGUCCUGAGCGCUCCGGUCGUGGGUGUCGGCAGCGCCUCCUGCAACGCUCCUGACGAAGCCCCGACCGGGUCCCGUGAGCAGCUCAACGCCCUGGGCAGUCAAGUGCGGGAACUUGAACUUGAACUCGCGCAGACCAAGCUCGCUCUGGUCGAGACGCAGUGCAAGAACCAGGACGUGACCCAUCAACUGAACUCAGCCAUUUCGGAGCUACAAGGCCAGCGAGGGACAUGGUUGCAGAAAACAUUGACUUCAAUUUCUGGUCUCAAAGAGAGGACCUCGGCAUCUUCCUCGCGCCCUCUCAGCCCCACUCAGCUCGCCUCAGCUGCCCAGCCUCACGUCAGGAGUGCCUCUAUCGAUUCUGGGUCUUCACAGCCCAACAGGAAAGAGUAAUAAUUCAUUACGAAUUAUGUUAAGCGCGGUCGUCCGAGGCUGUACUUGAAAUGCAAUUCGGUAACGCCGAGUUAUCUCUACACGAUCUGAGCGUCGCGUGUGCAGUCGCUUUGGCGGUUUAGUGUCGUACUGUAAAAUUAUUGAAGGUUAGAGGAAUGCGUGGUGUAUGAUAAAUGGUUUACUUUCAUAAAUAAUAAUCUUGUCGGUUCAAGAGUGCUUUUCGUAGAAUGAAGACGCUGUCGUUUCAUCAUGGAAGCAGUAAAUACAAUCAGAAAAAUGUCACGUUAUCGGGAGCUAUUCCGUGUUUUCUGGACAACUUGAGCCCUUGGCAUUGCGUGAUUUAAGAAAGCAAAAUUGCGUUUUCCCUUGCUUGAAUUUAGGACUCGGAGGAGAGAUGUACAGACAAAUCAAUGAAAUCCAGCAUCUCUAGAAAUUCCAUAUAAAUUCAAAAUUUUAUACAGUAUUAGGGACCAGUUAUCAGACCUCUACUGUAAUUGUAUGUUGAAUGAGCAGGAACUUGGUGACUGGAAGGGUUUAAAACUUACACAGCUGAGAAAUCGAGUAAGGUUAACAUAAAAUAAACAGAAUUGUGUUUCAAACAAAGGUCUCUUCACAAGUGCUCCUUUUUUCAUUCAUGCUUUGCUGUCAUAAAACUGGAGCAUCCAAUCUGCAUGCCUGGUUUGUAUGGCUGGUAAUAGUACGUCGCACAGCUACAUCCCCUGCGCAAAUGAUAAGGGUAACCCUGUUAUUUUCCUGUGUGUAGUAUGUCUGUCAGUUGACCUAAAUCUUUAUUAUUUUUUUUCCAAUACGUCAUCAAAUGUUUGCUAACACGUAACCAGAUUGUCACGUAACUUGUCGUCACAUCCUUCUGUCUUGCACAAUUGUGCUCGUACUUCAUUAUAUUUAUUAAUUCUUGGGCAUCCACAAAGCCUUUUUUGAUAAUUUUAUUUGAUAUUCACAUUGAAUGUGUACUCCCACUUGUUUUAGUAACGCAUAGUGUCCAACGAUGCAUUUUUAUGUCAACUGUCAUUCCUGUAGACAUUCCUCACCCGUUUGAGUAUUGCAAUUUUGUAAAUUUUACGUCGUCUGGCAUGACGUCCAUGAGAGCUUACAUUUUAAGUAAGCUGCAGUACUCUUAGGUUCCUUCAAGGUGUCAUUGUUUACGUUGUUGUUGAUUGUUGUCGUGAAUUCAGAUUUUUUGUUUGUUCCUUUCAAGUGCCAAUGUAUUCAUAAUCGUACUCUGUCUCAAUAUGAUGUUAUACUUAAUUCAAUGCAUUCAAAUAGCUUAUCCUAAUUUUUGCUAUCAUAACGAAAGAGAAUUGUUCUUUUUGUACUGAUUCAUGUCAUAAGAAUAUUCCCGCUUCAUCUGGUCGGUUGUCAGUCAAGUGUCUUGCACACCAUCGUCGCUAUGCUGCUUAUACGUUGUGUAGUAUAGCAGCAGCCAUGCUAGCAAAAAAUAUACUCUAGAAAUAAUAUCGACUGCACCGCUUUAUGCAUCAGAGAUUAUGAAUGCACUCCUGUGUCACAAAGUAUCAAGCAUUCGCAAUCAAUACUAAUUGAACUCGAUUAUUCCCCUUGGAUUAAGAGUUUAUUUCAUCGGUACGUCUCAUAAGCGACGUAUUCGUUUAUCUGCGUAGCAUUUACCACUCUACACUAAUCUCAUUACUGUGGUAUUACCUGUACGUUACAGUUAGUGUUUAUUAUUAUUAUUUUAUUUAUUGCAUUUACGCGCCUUCUUUCAUUUCUUAUUUAUCUGAAUGAAAGCUUCCGGAGUACUUACUUAUUACCGUUUUAUGUAUCAUAUCUCAAUUUAUGGAUCUAGAUCUUUUAUGUCAAUUUUUCGUUUAGUAUGGUCAAUGUUUGCCUACCCCGCUAUCCUGUAUGGUUCGGUAGUUGUAACACGUUCGCUUCAAUGCCACGAAUACACGACCGUACUUCAUCUGAGCUCCCUUUACUCACUACUUAACAGUCUAUGUUUAAUUCGGGGGCCACGUCAGACAUUACCUAUAUCAUAUUUCCAGCUUUUUAUUCGUAUGAUCAUAUUAUUUUAUUUAUAUAUUGUCUAAUAUAUAUCAUUUUCGUGCUGAACUAUUCCGAAGAACGAAAUAGUACCGGAAUUUCCACUGCUAUGUGCAAGUUGUGAGACCGGUGUCUGUUGCAUGUCAUUGUGCGCGUCCGCGCAUUGCCUGCUCCCUGAACUUUUUAGAAAUAGAUAUGACUUAUCUAAUUUCAAUCAUAUAAUUCCACUUUUUCUCUAGUUCCUGCACGUUUAGUUCCUAACCUUUAUUGAAAUUAAAUUUACGGUUCAUAUUCAGCAAUGAUCCAUCAUACGUCGGUCACAGUACUUUCUAGACUCGGAAGCUAACCAAAGGUCUCGUCACAAAUGUUAAUCGUACUGCGUUUCAUAGUACCACAAAUCUCAUUCUCUUAUCACUAUAAAAUACUUACGAUUUAAGAGAGUUGAGUCGUGCUAUUAUUACUUUUUUGUUGUUGAUUAGUCAUUAUUCACUUAUUGUUUGCGAAGCUUCUGCUUGUAGCGCGUUCUACGUGGAACAGUAUAUCAAUUAU